AAGCUAGAGACCGGAGGGUAAUGUAGAAGCCAAAAGGAACUACACUCCCAGACUUCCUUGCGUACGCGACCGGCAAGCCGCGACAGAAAGAGGACGGAGUUUGAGCUCGGACUACAACUCCCAGUAGGCCCCGCGACGCCCGUCCCUUUCUUUCGGACCGCGGUGGAAAAAGGACGACGGGGCGAAUGGAGGCUUUUGAGUGCUCGUUUCUCAAAAGGCGGGAAAGGCGAACUACACCUCCCGACGAGCCGCGCGCGCUUGCGCCUGCGCUCUGGUAUCUGUCGCCAUCUUGCCCCUUCUGAGGCACCGCAAACAAACCUAAUUCCUGGUGUCCCCUAGUCUUGGCGGAGGAGCCUUUUAGAUGAGCCCCGAAAGGCCGGGCAGGGAGGACAAGCUCUUUGGGGCUACCAAGCAGAAGCAGCAAUGCCUGUUGUGUGGCCAACCCUUCUGGAUCUCAGCAGGGAUGAAUGCAAACGGAUUCUCCGAAAAUUGGAAUUGGAGGCAUAUGCUGGAGUUAUCAGUGCACUUCGUGCACAGGGGGAUCUCACCAAGGAAAAGAAAGAUCUUCUUGGAGAACUCUCAAAAGUCCUUAGCAUCUCAACAGAACGCCACCGUGCUGAAGUUCGGAGAGCAGUAAACGAUGAACGGUUAACAACAAUUGCACAUAAAAUGAAUUUAUCCUUAUAUUUGGGUGAAAGACCAAGUUACAGUAUGUCUGGACCUAAUAGCUCUUCAGAAUGGUCCAUUGAAGGGCGUAGAUUGGUACCACUGAUGCCCCGGCUGGUUCCCCAGACUGCCUUCACCGUAACAGCAAAUGCUGUGGCCAACGCAGCUGUCCAGCACAAUGCAUCCCUUCCCGUGCCUGCAGAGACAGCAAGCAAAGAAGUAGUGGUUUGCUAUUCCUACACAAGUACCACGUCAACCCCAACCUCUACCCCUGUUCCAAGUGGCAGCGUAGCAACGGUUAAGUCUCCAAGACCUGCCAGUCCUGCCUCCAAUGUAGUUGUCUUGCCAAGUGGAAGUACUGUAUAUGUCAAAAGUGUCAGCUGUUCAGAUGAAGAUGAAAAACCCAGAAAACGCAGGCGAACAAACUCUUCGAGUUCUUCUCCUGUGGUCCUGAAAGAAGUUCCAAAGGCCGUUGUUCCGGUCUCGAAGACCAUCACUGUGCCUGUGAGUGGCAGUCCCAAGAUGAGCAACAUCAUGCAGAGCAUUGCCAACUCCUUACCACCCCACAUGUCACCCGUGAAAAUAACUUUCACCAAACCAUCAACACAGACGACAAACACAACACAGAAGGUUAUUAUAGUGACCACAUCACCAAGUUCAACCUUUGUGCCCAACAUUCUCUCCAAAUCCCAUAACUAUGCAGCAGUCACUAAGCUUGUACCAACAUCAGUCAUUGCUUCCACAACUCAGAAGCCACCUGUUGUUAUAACUGCACCACAGUCCUCUCUGGUCAGCAGCAGCAGCAGCAGUGGCAACAGCAGUUCUACGCCAUCACCUAUUUCUAGUACAGUAGCAGUAACAGCCGUGGUGUCUUCCACACCAUCCGUGGUCAUGUCAACAGUAGCACAAGGUGUAUCCACAUCAGCAAUCAAAAUGGCAUCAACAAGACUUCCUUCCCCUAAAAGCUUAGUGAGUGCCCCUACCCAGAUUCUUGCACAGUUUCCUAAACAGCAUCAGCAGUCUCCUAAGCAGCAGUUACAUCAAGUGCAACAACAGACACAGCAGCCAGUGGCCCAGCCUUCCUCAGUGUCUCAGCAGCAGCCCCAGCAGUCACCAUUGCCACCUGGUAUCAAACCUACCAUCCAGAUCAAACAGGAGUCAGGUGUUAAAAUCAUCACACAGCAGGUUCAACCAAGUAAAAUCUUACCCAAACCAGUGACUGCAACUCUACCCACCAGUAGCAAUUCCCCUAUUAUGGUGGUUAGCAGUAAUGGUGCAAUUAUGACAACUAAACUGGUAACUACUCCUACCGGUACUCAGGCAACCUACACCCGGCCAACAGUGAGCCCAUCCUUAGGUCGAGUAGCCACAACCCCUGGAGCUGCAACCUAUGUGAAAACUACCAGUGGUAGCAUCAUUACUGUAGUACCCAAAUCAUUAGCUACCUUGGGAGGCAAGAUAAUUAGCAGUAAUAUUGUUUCUGGAACGACUACCAAAAUCACUACAAUCCCAAUGACUUCCAAGCCCAAUGUGAUUGUUGUACAAAAGACUACAGGAAAAGGAACGACCAUUCAAGGCCUCCCUGGCAAAAACGUUGUCACAACAUUGCUAAAUGCUGGAGGAGAAAAGACUCUUCAGACAGUGCCAACUGGAGCAAAGCCAGCAAUCAUUACUGCUACAAGACCCAUCACCAAAAUGAUUGUAACACAGCCCAAAGGAAUAGGUUCCACAGUCCAGCCGGCAGCUAAAAUCAUCCCAACAAAAAUUGUCUAUGGACAACAAGGGAAAACACAGGUUCUCAUUAAACCCAAACCAGUGACAUUUCAAGCUACAGUUGUUAGUGAACAAACAAGGCAACUGGUAACAGAAACGUUACAGCAAGCAUCUAGGGUAGCAGAGGCCGGUAGUUCAUCUGCUCAGGAAGGAAAAGAAGAACCCCAGGGUUAUACAGAUAGUAGUUCCUCUUCCACGGAGUCCUCCCAGAGUUCCCAAGAUUCCCAGCCUGUAGUUCAUGUAAUUGCUUCCCGGCGUCAGGAUUGGUCAGAACAUGAGAUUGCAAUGGAGACUAGCCCCACCAUAAUAUAUCAGGAUGUAUCCAGUGAAUCACAAUCAGCUACAUCAACAAUCAAAGCUCUGUUAGAACUCCAACAGACAACAGUAAAGGAAAAAUUGGAAUCUAAACCAAGACAACCCACUAUUGACUUGAGUCAAAUGGCAGUACCUAUUCAGAUGACCCAGGAAAAGAGACAUUCUCCUGAGAGUCCAUCCAUUGCUGUGGUAGAGUCAGAACUAGUUGCUGAAUACAUCACUACUGAACGCACUGAUGAGGGGACAGAGGUUGCUUUUCCCCUUCUAGUCAGCCAUCGCUCCCAGCCCCAACAGCCUUCCCAGCCCCAGCGGACCCUGCUCCAACAUGUGGCUCAGUCACAGACUGCAACACAGACUUCAGUGGUGGUAAAGUCCAUCCCAGCGUCUUCCCCCGGAGUAAUCACCCACAUUAUGCAACAGGCAUUAAGCAGUCAUACUGCUUUUACCAAACACAGUGAGGAACUUGGAACUGAGGAAGGUGAGGUUGAAGAGAUGGACACAUUGGAUCCUCAGACAGGUCUGUUUUACCGGUCUGCCCUGACUCAGUCACAGUCAACUAAGCAGCAGAAACUUAGCCAGCCCCAGCUGGAACAGACUCAGCUGCAAGUGAAAACUCUGCAGUGCUUUCAGACCAAACAGAAGCAGACCAUCCACUUGCAGGCAGACCAACUCCAGCACAAACUCACGCAGAUGCCCCAGCUCUCCAUCAGGCAUCAGAAACUGACUCCUCUCCAGCAGGAACAAGCACAGCCCAAGCCAGAUGCACAGCACACACAGCAUCCCGUGGUGGCCAAAGACAGGCAGCUUCCUACCUUAAUGGCACAGCCCCCACAAACUGUGGUACAGGUGCUUGCUGUGAAAACCACGCAGCAGCUUCCUAAACUGCAGCAAGCUCCAAAUCAACCAAAAAUCUACGUGCAACCCCAAACUCCCCAGAGCCAAAUGGCUCUCCCCACUUCAUCAGAGAAACAGCCGGCAAGCCAGGUGGAGCAGCCAAUUAUAACCCAAGGAUCCUCUGUUACAAAGAUAACAUUUGAGGGGCGCCAGCCUCCCACAGUUACAAAGAUAACUGGUGGCAGUUCUGUUCCUAAGCUGACGUCACCAGUUACAAGCAUAUCUCCCAUUCAGGCCUCUGAGAAGACAGCAGUGUCAGACAUUUUGCAGAUGUCUUUGAUGGAAGCUCAGAUUGAUACAAAUGUAGAACAUAUGGUAGUGGAUCCCCCAAAGAAGGCUCUAGCCACCAGUGUGCUCACCGGUGAGGCAGGAGCUUUACCCUCCACCCACGUGGUGGUGGCAGGGAUGGCGAAAUGUAGAGAGUCCUGUUCAAGUCCAUCUGCUGUUGGCCCUCCCCUAACGACCAGAAAGAUCGAAGCAACAGGAGUGCCUGCGGCAGGCCAGUUCAUGCGCAUUCAGAAUGUAGGCCAAAAGAAAGCUGAAGAGAGCCCAGCAGAGAUUAUCAUCCAGGCCAUUCCCCAGUACGCUAUUCCUUGUCACUCCAGCUCCAACGUGGUAGUGGAGCCCAGUGGGCUUCUUGAACUGAACAACUUCACCAGUCAGCAGCUGGAUGACGACGAGACAGCAAUGGAGCAGGAUGUAGACAGUAGCACGGAGGAUGGAACUGAGCCCAGCCCCUCUCAGAGCUCUGCUGAACGGUCCUAGUAUUCAGACACCAGAGUGCACUUUAAAGCCUGCUUGGUUACCAAGUGUCCAGGGAAACCUAUGAUUUGUUGUCUAAAAAAAGCACUUUGCUCAUAUUUAGGCUAUGGACCUAGAAACACGGUGUUUCAAUGAGAUGUUGCUGCAGGAGCAGCAUUUUAACAAGAUAAAACUCACAGAGGAAUGUACUUAAAAAAAUGGAGAGGAAAACAAAGAAAGAAAGCAAGAAAGCAUGCAGAGGAAAAGAUGCACACCCGUGGAGACCUGGCACCUUGCUGGAGCUGGGCAGUGCCAAGUUUGGCAGUGGAAAGAGACUUUCCUAUGAGUGGUUCUCAGCUGCUUUUCACUGCGCAAAUGCCACCAGAGAAUAUUAAAAGGAAAAGAAAGGAGAAUGUGAAGAGUUUGUAUUUUUGAAAUGAUGUAUCUGAACAUUUUUUAAAAUCGUGUUUGUUUUUGCAUAUCCCUGGAAGUGUUGCUUUGGUUAACAUUUUACAUUUGCUCAGUUCAUGGUUAGUUUAUGAAUACCUAGGAAAGUUCUGGCAUUAGAGAGUCCUUGCUGGAGGGUAAACAUUAGAUCACUAACCAGGAAGUGUUUGGGGUAGCUUGUAUAUGCUCUGUGGUUGUAUACUAAUUUAUUGUGGUGUUCCACACUUGCUUAUUUAUUUAAUGUAAAUGUUUCCAAGCAGGCUGAAUCCCUUUUCCUACAUGUCCUAGGAAGCUGGAUGGCCUGGCCUUCCCACCUUCCCUCCCCCCCUUUAAGAAGCUGGAUUAGAGAAGGUUUGGUGGGAAGCAGAAGAAAAGACCUUUCUAGCCCAAAGGAAAUGUUGAGUUGUGUUAAGGAAAAUGAACUCUGUUCACUGAUGCUCUCCUGAUACCGAAGUUGCACACCUAUGUGGGACUGAUAAGACUCUGAGAAUAACUUCUACUACUUUUCUUUAAGCCCCUUUGAAAUGUAUGAAAAAGUUCACUUACAGUUCUAAAUGUAAUGUUUUUAAGUUUUUACUUUUUUAGGGAGCAGUUGUUUACGUGCUGUUUUGGUCUUGUGAUUGCUGUCUAUCACAAGUUGAGUGAAGGGUAAGGGAUGGGAGGGUACGAAUUUUGACAAGCUGUGGCAGAAGAAACUAUACUUUUCAUUUUUAAAAAGUGUAAAUAGAAAAAUUUUUAACGGUUUUAUAUGAAUUUCACUAUAAAUAAGCAUUUUAAGACUGACAAAUGUUGAACUGUAUAUACAUUUAUCAGCAUAACUGCCCAAUUUUUUGGUGCUGAAGUACUGUAAGUAGAAUUUAUCACCCGCCUCCUAAUUUUUGCGUCUACACCUGGGAAGAAGAAGCUGUGAUGCAUCGUUAAUAAACUCACACUAGAGUGACACUGAACGUCUCAGCAGGAGCAUCCCUGAGACAAGCUUGCUCUU